GCGCCCCUGACAGAAAGAGUCCGUGUGAAAAGUACGUACGGCAUAACGUUUAGAAACCUGCGCCAUGGGAGAGUUACCGCAGCAGAACAACUUUACGCAGGUCAUUGACGACAUUUUACAAUCGGCACCAAAAGCGAGAAAAGAGCUGCUGGACAACCAGAGUAACCUCUUCAAGGUGGCGGAGUACUGCGAGAACAACUACCUCCAGGCAGAGGACCAGACAAAGGCUGUAGAUGAGGCCAAAGCUCUGGCCACUCAGGCUCUGGCCAGUGUGACAUAUCAGAUCAACAGUGUGGCCUGCACCCUGCUCAAACUGCUGGACUCUCAGACCUCUCAGGUCAAACACAUGGAGUCCUCCAUCAACCUGCUGUCACUGGCUGCAGCAUUCCACUUGGAGAAGGUGGCCCGCAGAGAGAUAGGAGUCUUCACUUCAUCCAAAAACUGUGUCCGUGCCAAACUCAUGGCGUCCCCUCCAGGAGGCAUCGAGCCAGAAAGGAGAUACUCCAGAACACCUAUUUCAUACAAUGUUCUGGACAACAUAGGACACUGCUUCCAGGUGUCAGGGCAACAGCUGGAAAAGAAAGACCAGACAGCAGACGAUAAGAGCAAUGCUAACACCACCAACAUAACCAGUUUUGGCAUUGCCGUCCCACCGCCCUCGGUCCCAACUCUGCCUCACAGCUCUUCUGGUGACUCUCUGCCCCCUCCUCCUCCUCCGUCCAUGGCAUCAACUGAGCCCACACUGACCUCCACCCUCCCCUCUCCUCCUCCACCGCCUCCUCCUCCAUCAGCCCCCUCCUCUAUGCUCUCCCCUUCCACUCUCCCUCCACCGCCUCCUCCUCCAUCAGCCCCCUCCUCUAUGCUCUCCCCUUCCACUCUCCCUCCACCUCCUCCAUCAGCUCCCUCCUCUAUGUUCUCCCCCUUCCACUCUCCACCUCCUCCAUCAGCUCCCUCCUCUAUGUUCUCCCCUUCCACUCUCCCUCCACCUCCUCCAUCAGCUCCCUCCUCUAUGUUCUCCCCUUCCACUCUCCCUCCACCUCCUCCUCCUCCAGCCAUGAGCCCCACGUCCUCCAGUUACCCUCCUCCGCCCCCACCCCCUGGUUCCAUGUCGGGGGACAGCUCUUCUCUCCUUCCGCCACCUCCUCCACUGUCACAUAUUGGGUCCUUACCUCCUCCUCCUCCCCCAGCCUUUUCCUCUGCCUCAGGUGCAGUGCCACCUCCACCACCCCCUCCUCCACCUAUUCCUCUGUAAUGUUUUUCUUUGCAGACAUGUUUAAUUGUUAAAGAUUUUAUUUUGGGACAAGCAAAUGUGCUGUUGCAGAAAUUCAUAAAUAACAGGGAUCAAUGCAAACGUUUUUGAGAAGUUACAGGACAUAACCAGACUUGAGCUGAGUCUGGUUCUCUACUGUAUAUAGGUUUGAUUAUUUCCCAAUUAAACAUUAUGUUAUAUAAAAUCUAUACUUUUAUUAUGCAAUCCCUUAUUUGUCCAGGCGUGGUUAAAUGUAGAGAAGGUUUCAGCAGUGGUCAUGUGGACAAUGUCACUGUAUUCAAGAUGUUUUGGCUCGCACUCAGAGUAGGAUUAAUUCUAGUGCUUCAGGUCAGUCCCAUCGAAGUCAAAGUGGCUUCUGUAUGAGAGCCGAAAAGUCAGUUUGUAUGUCUUGAUUGUCCAGAUGGCAACCAAGACAUAAAUACAGGGACCUUUAUGUUUGCCAUUUUCAGAACACCUAAAUUCACUGGGUUUAUUUGUAACUAUUUAUAAUAUAACAACUAAUCAUUUAAACAAUUUGUCUAUAACACACAUUUUUUCAUAAUAAUAAUCAUUUAAACAAAUAGGUCACCAAGAACUUUACAAAGAGCAUGGAAGAACAAACACCAACGAUGUUUCCAGUGAAUGUAAACAAAUCUGUUUAAAGUUACUCUUCAUCAGUAUUGUUCUUUCAAAUGUGCCCAUGACAAUAAGCAAAUGUGUGUUUCUGUUAUUACUACUGCUUAUACACAAUACAAGUUGAGCUGUUUCCAGACCUCCUGUGUGCUGCAACAGAGCUAUGAACAAACAUGGGUUUAACUGAGGUGUGUCCAGGCCUGUUAUGACAUCUGUGUACGCACAAAUAAAUACGCAAA